AUGAGCACCACCGGCACGAAGCAUCCAAAUUCCGCACAGGAUCCAUUGCAUAAUCAUCCCUUCACCAUGCCACCAAAACGUCGCGGGGCGACAUCCGCCCCCGCCCAAAGCCAGCCCAAGAAAGCUCGACUCUCGAAGCUUGCAAAAGAGAAUGAUAUCACCGCUGAAGAAGAAACUGAAAUAAAAGAGGCGUUCCGCCUCUUCAUUGUUGACGAUCUCCCUAGCGAUGCUGAGGAGUACGCCGAUGAGGAGGAGGGUGUGAUCCAAACGGAAAAUGUGCGACGGGCGCUGGUGGCCCUCGGCUUACCUCCCCGAUCUCAAUCCGAGCUUAACUCCAUUCUCUCUGCCGUCGAUCCAUCUCGCACAGGAUAUGUCUGCUACGAACCCUUUCUCUCUGUAUGCGCUCUGAAACUACACGCUCGCACCGAAGAGGCUAUAUCGCAGGAAGUAGAGCACGCGUACCAUCUUUUCACGCGCGGCACGGAUGGGCCUAUUCUCCUGUCUCAUUUACGACGUGUUGCAAGGGAGUUAAAAGAAGAAGUGAGUGACGAGCUGUUGCGAGAUAUGAUUCGGGAAGCGAAUGGAGGGGAAGGGCUGCAUGCAGGUGUAAAUGUUGACCAAUUCAAAGAUGUUAUGAAGAGGGCGGGCGUAUUUUGAGAGAUCUCUGCGCGGCGUGCCGGUUCUAAUAUUAUGGGUCCGGUAUUAGGUUGCACGGGUGCAUUCGAUUCGGAGUUGGGUUUCGCUCAAGUGAAAGGCGAUGGCGUUUGGCAUCAGGCUAGAGGUUUGAUUACUGAAGUAUUGUACCGAUUACAGCGCAUUUUGGAUUAUAGCAGAAUGCACCUUUGCCCAAGGUCUUCGAUAUCGAAUGGC